AUGUGGGAUGGGGCGAUUCGGCCUGGGUCACAUUCGGCUGGAGGGUUAGUCUUGUUAUCCCCUACUAGGAGUGUGCUUAUGGUUAAGGGUGUCCAGCUGCAUCUCCUCGAGGACCCAAUGGCAGUGGAGCUGAUUGUUCUUAGGGAGGCAGUUUUAUGGUGUCUGGCGAAUAACUUGACCAGUGUUCAAUUUGAGGGUGAUGCAAAGGUGAUCAUCGAUAAAAUCAAUCAAGGGGACAUUAGAGACAAUCGGGUGGGUGUUAUUCUGGAAGAGGUCGUGCAUUAUUUUCGCACCCAUCCUGAGUUUAGGAUUCGGUUUAUAGGUCGGCGUAGUAAUAGGGUAGCCCAUCUGGUGGCUAGGAAAGCCCUCUCCUUGUACCCGACCAUGAGUCGCUUCUUUGAUUAUCAGGCCUGGCUGGAAUCCAGGAUGUAG